UGUCAGUGGGAGGUGGCCAAAUUCCGCGUGGACAAAUCCAUGUUGGAGUUGAGAGCUUGGUACCAAAUCAAGGCAGCUUAGGGAUGCGUCACAAGGGUCCCAGUGUCUCGAACCGCCAUUGGAGUAGUAUUAUGCAAGGCCUCCUCUGUGCACUAACGGAGGGCUCUAAAGGAGUAGUUCGCGAAAAAUCAAUCGACUAUUGAGCUGCCUCCUCACGGUCGCAUUUGGUCUACUGGUCUAGACCGCAUCUUAAAAACCGAGACAAGCCACUAUUCUACUGAGCUAGCUCCCUCCCCCGCAAGGAGAGGUUUCUCACAAAUCAACCGACACGAGCGGGACGCACUCUCUGAUUGUGCUGCGUGCAGAUCAAACUAAACAGCAAAUAAUCUCAAACCGACACAACUUGGCAGCCAGUAGGGCCGCUAAAGACCACAACGAUGCUUGAAUAUUUCACUUACAGAAAGUUCAAGAAGCAUCAAGCACAAAAGCAGGAGGCAGAGCAGAAACGCCUGAGUCAAGAGGCCACAGGCACUCCAGCCAGCACCAGCAACAUCCCACAAAUCGUCGAGCCCAGCGCGUCGGCGACGACAACAACAGAGCCCAGGUCGCCGCUCCUCCAGGACGAGGACGAGAGGUUCUUUAGGCUCCUGACAACCCAGGACUCAUCGCUCAUCACCCUUAGGGAUGCGCAGAAUGGCGACGACGACGAGGGCCCCAGGCCGCCCUUGCCUCCACGCAUAAAGACGCCUGAGAUUGGUUGGGACAGCGAUGCCGAAUCCUUCAUGGUUGCGAACAAGGGCAAGGGUAAAGAAAAGGCGGGAGAGGAAGCUGCGGCGUCUGCUGUCGCGGACAAACCAAAGGACGGCGAUGGCAAGUUUGCGAAUCGCAUCGGCCGCCGCAUCUCGGUGCUAGUUCGUCGCCCGGGCAAGAAGCAGCCCGACGUCAAGCCGAACCCCAAGGCCCCCGUCUCGGAAGAAGACGCCGAGCGGGAAAAGGACGACCUGACCCGCGUCCUCGACGACCUGAACCUCUCCGCACAAAACAACCGCGUCUUCUCGCUGUCCAAGGAGUCGACCGAGCUCGUCAAUGACUUCACGCAGGUGCUGAAGGACCUGGUGAAUGGUGUGCCGACGGCCGCCAACGACCUCAAGACGCUUCUCGAGGACCCGGACGGCCACCUGGCAAAGAACUACGAGAAGCUGCCGGCCAGCCUCAAGAAGCUGGUGCAGCAGAUGCCCGAUAAGAUUUCCGGCAGCCUGGCGCCGGAGCUCCUCGCCGCGGCGGCCAAGUCGCAGGGCAUGGAGCACACGGACAACUCCAAGGGCGGGAUCAAGGAGACGGCCAUAAAACUGAUCAAGCCAGGCAACCUUCAGGAGCUCAUAACUAAGCCGGGCGCUAUCUUGAGCAUGCUCAAAGCCAUUGUGAAUGCGCUCAAGCUGCGUUGGCCCGCCUUUAUUGGCACCAACGUGAUUUGGAGUAUAGCCAUAUUUUUGCUGCUUUUCGUACUUUGGUACUGCCACAAACGUGGCCGUGAGGUUCGCCUCGAAGGAGAACGGACGACCGAGGCAGGUGACCGGAUCGAGGAGCUGCCUGAUGACCCUCUACUCCCCGCUCCACCGGCAGGUGAAGCUUCGGGAUCCGCCUCAUCGUCCAAGCUGCCGCCACCACCUGUAGGCCAGGGUAGCGGUAGCAAGUGAGAGGUCAGAUGAAAUAUGCAGUUCAGAUGACAUACUCGUUGACGCGAGUCAAUUCUUGAGCAGGACUUGACAAAUGUAGACACUCUUCUGGUCGGACCCGACUGCGAAAAUUAAUGCGUCAGAUGGCAACAUGGAUAUUACGGCGAUAAUGAUGUUUAAUACCCGUUUAUGACCCCAAUCGUACUUUAGUUUAGUUUAUGCAUCAAGCAGCAAUUGCUUUUGUUCACUG